AUGGCCCCUAAGAAGAUUACCGCGUUUAUGUUAUUCGUAACCGAUUGGCGGAAAACUAACGACGGUGGUCUCGAAAUGACCAUAGAUCAGGCUGUGGCCCACUGCGGCGAGAUAUGGAAGAAAAUGACCAAUCUUGAGCGCGGCGCAUACUGCUCGAGAGCCAAGGAUGCCAACGUUAUGAAUAACAAUGGGGUGGAACGCCUCGACUGCUACGGCCAUCCAAUCAUCCACGUGGAGCAGGCCAAACGACAGGCGGAGGAUCGCGAAAACCUCCAGAAACGCACCAUCGAACGCAUGGUGAUGUACGCCAAGAACUCCCAUGAUCUGGAGAACGCCAAGUUCGUUUUGGUCGCUUUCAAUGUCUUCACCGAAGACCUUAUCCACGAUGUCUAUGUGCCCGCCGAGUUCUCGGCCUGUGAGUUCUCUUUGAAAGAUGGUGUACGCUCCAUAUAUAGCACCCUGAUAGCUCCUGAAUCGCUCAUAUUCGGACAGGCUAGCCAAGCGAUACACCACGCAGCAACGACCCACGAGCUUCCAUUGCCACCCAGAGCUCUUGGGGAUUACGAUAUGCUUAGAGUCUUUCGGGACAUUAUCGAAUACUUAAAGAAGUGCCAGUGGGAUGACCGAUUCGUAGUCUUUACGCCAUCAAAAGAUAUUCCCAUGGUCACGAAGUGCUUUAAGUACUUGGGCGAGGGAUGCGAAGGCGAACUGAUAAAGGUCCUUGACCUGCAAUAUUUGUUCUUCUUGCUUAAGAAGGUGGUGAUGGAUGUCGCCGGUUUACCCGAUGGAGCUAUAAAUAAACACAUAACUGACAUGUUUUUUAAAAGGGACACAUUUGAAUUUACGCCUGAGAUCGCUUGCCAGUACCACGAGGAGAUCGACCGCACCAAGUACUGUACCCAGAGCAUGGUGACCAGAUGGGCCUAUACCUUCUGCGAUUACAUGUGCGGCAAUCUGGCCAUCGCCCUUCAGCCUGGAAAGCACAAGCCCCUGUCCAACGCACUCAAUCCGGAUGACUCGCUCUCCAUUGAGGCUUUCUGGCAAGAGGUCCAAUCCCAAGAUACCGAGAUGCCCUCUACCAGCCGACUUUUUAUCGCAUCUAGCUCCCACGUCCCCACUGACCAUACCGCUAAUGCAUCCGAUUUAAGCGAGGUACGGGAGUCUCCCGGGCUCGGCAGGCGUUUUGCCAGAGGACGCAGAACUUCAGAAGGAUCCAGGAAUAUAACCCCUCGCGACCCUCUUUACUCACCCACAGGAUCGCGGUUCCGGAAAGAGAUCCCAUCCCAAGAUUCGGAGAUGCCUUCAAGCAGCCUACAUUCCGUCGCUUCUAGCGCCUACGUCCCCACGGACAAUACCGCUUUUGCAUCCGAUUUGAACGAAGAACGGGAGUUUCACAUGCUCGGCAGACGUUUCGCCAGGGGACGCAGAGCUCCAGGAGGAUCCAGGGGCCCUUUUUACCCACUGCCAGGAUCGCGGUGCCAGAAAGAAAACCAAGCUCAAGAUACCGAGGUGCCCUCUAGCGGCCGACCUUUCGCCGCUUUUGCAUCCGAUUUAAACAAAGAUCGGGAGUUCCACAUUAUCGGCAGGCGUUUUGCCAGGGGACGCAGAACUUCAGGAGGAUCCAGGGAUACAACCCUGCGCGAACGGAACUCAGGGGCUUGGGAUCUACCGACUUCUUCGCAGUCUCUUCAGAAGUUCACCGACAAAGAUUGCAGCAAGAAGAAUCCAGACUAGGCCAAACUAGUUCUAGUACACCUGUGAGAUUUAUUUUCCGAUACACUAUAAACAUCAUUUAAACAUCUUUGACAAAUACGUUUUGGUUAACAACUCCUUGAAGCAGCGCUCUGCAGAACAAUCGGAAAAUAAUAACAAUCUGUCAAAAAG